AUGGAAGCGAAUACUCGAUCGCGACAUGUACUUCGUAAAUCUUACGCCUGUGAUGAGUGUAAACGGCGGAAGAUUCGCUGUUCUGGCGAUGAGAAGUGCACCAACUGCGUGCGAGACGUGAAGCUAUGCCGAUAUUCAUCACCAUCGUUUCAGCUGUCAAAGCUACAGAGGCGUCUCCAAGAAUGCGAACGCCUGAUUAAGGACAUGGAGAAGGCGUGGACGACCUAUCUACCAUCCGUAGAUCUGCACGAGGCUCUUCAGACAGUUCGCAACCAGGAAGAUUCCAAUCCUGCUGUUCAAAGGAGGGUCAAACAGCCGCAUAACGACAUGUCCCAUUCCACGGAGCAGCCGCCUACCAGCGUUGCGGAACACAGCAACGCGGAAGAUUAUGAGUUCGAUGAAUCGCAGGAAUUCGACAACUCCACUGAUGGUAUGGGUUUCCUGACGAUCGAUCCCCAUAAAGCCGGCUAUACGGGACCGCAGUCCGGGAUUGCGGCUUUGAAAUUCCUCCAGUCUCUUCCUCUCUAUAUCCCUCUGAGCAGCUUCAACCCGGCCUCUUCGCUGGACGACGAUGACCUUGCUGAUUCUGGUCUGCCUCGGAAACGGGGAGAGAUCUCCCGCUAUCUUGAUGACUACUUUGCCUUUUAUCACCCUGCGUAUCCUAUCUUACAUGAAGGGACAUUCCGUGCACGGGUAUCCGGUGCGCUGGCAAAACCUCAUGACGGAUCAUGGCCAUUGUUGUACUACACAGUUCUAGCCAUCGGAGCCUUCGUUGGCGAUUCAAAUGGCACAAAGGCCGAUAUUGUGUUCUUCAAAGAAGCACGGAAGCACCUGUCGAUGGAUGUGCUAGAGAAAGGAUCCCUAAGCUAUGUCCAAGCGAUUGUCUUGAUGGCAAAUUACCUACAGAAGCGUAACAAGCCCAAUGCCGCUUUUAUCUUGAUCGGUAUCGGCUUUAGCAUGGCUCUUGCGAUCGGCCUACAUCGGGAGUUUGGGAAUCCUAGCACAUCGCCGUUCACCAUGGAAGUACGACGGCGUGUGUGGUGGACACUGUUUAUAUUCGUAUCGGGUGUGCAGCUGACUCUUGGACGCCCGGCAGUUUCUCUUGUUGGAGUCAAUGUCCGGCUUCCAGCCAAUGUCGACGACCAUGACCUUGCAGUAGAUAUGGAUGAGCUCCCCGAAAGCCAGACAGGGCCAACUAUCACAUCCUCUCUCAUUGCACAGGUCAAGCUGGCGAAGAUUGCGAAUGCCAUCCAAGUCGAGCUCCUCACGCACCAUCUACCCACAGCUGACAAGGCGAAAUAUCUAGAACAGCGGAUUUCCGCAUGGUAUGACGAGCUGCCUCCCCAUUUCAAUCUAGAUGUCUACCUCGAGCUUCGGUUCGAUAUCCCCCGAAGGGUCCUUCUCUGGAGGUCAUACCAUUUACGUAUCGUUAUUAACCGUCCCUUUCUCUUUCAAAACAUCACUUCAAAAUCCGAGCUGGCUACCUCUACUGGACCAGUUGCUUCGUGCCUCACCGCAGCGGACAUGUGUGUGACGUCGAUAUGUGUUUUUCUCGAGUCAACUGAUAAUAGAAGACGGGGACUCACCUGGUACGCAACUUGCUGGUUACUCACCGCAAGUUUCGUACAGGCAACAUGCUACGUGUACGAGCCCACACACGCUCUUGCUGCAUCCUGGAAGCACCGUAUUCAGCGGGCCGUGGACUGCCUGGGGAGCCUGGGUUCUUCCCAUGACAUGGCUCUGCGAGCGCGGGACGUACUCCAGAAGGUGCUUGAGCAUGGCCAUGAACUCACGUCACCCGGAAAUGUUGGUCCUUUCUCACCAACGCAUAUACCACCCGCGUUUCGGCCGUUUUGGACCCCAUUCGGAUGGAACGAGAGUCAAGCAAACUGCAACCCAUUAACUAUCGGGGCGGGGAGUAAUUAUCCCCGAUAUCCCCAAGGACCAUUUGGUGCAGAAUUCCUGGAUGUCGCCGGCGGCAUGAUGAUCCAAAACCUGUUUAAUAGUUCGGAAGAACGAGCCGAAAAUCCCUCAUGGACGCCAGGAUGA